ACCCUCAUGCUCAAGGCCUCUACUGAGGCCCAAGCACGCCUCAGUAGAGGCAAAACUAAGGCUGCGGUGAGGGCCAAGACACCGGAGGAGGUGGAGGAAGAAGCCAGAGCCCACGUCGUCAGAGAGGGUGGCGAUGUCACCAACGCCACCCUCGUCCUGAGCCGGUGGAGGGUCCAGUUUGGCCGGUACCAGGGCCAGACCUUCCACUGGCUUCUGGAAAACGACGUGGGCUACUGCGUGAAUCUGGUAGCCACCCACCAGAAGGAGCGAGAGAGGACGGGGUCUCAGUCCCCACUGAUGGCCAACAAGGCAGAAUCUGCCAGCCUCGGUUGUUUGUUAUCUUCAGUCUGAUGGUUUUAACGCUACUCUGUGUGUGUUUGCAGGACGCCCUCACCCGCUACUCCUCAGCCUACGCUGACUUUGUGGAGGCAGUCAGGUUCCACCGGGCGUUUGAGGAGGCGAGGGUGAAGGCUCUCCAGCCUGGUCAGGAGGGACAGGCCCUUGUUGGCUUCGGAGAUUUUAAAUUUGAGACCCUGCAGAGCCUGUAUGAGUCAAAGGAGCCCGAGAAGAUCCGAUUUGUCAACUACCUGCGGAGGAAGGCCCCAGCUCCAGGGACGCAGAUGGAGAACGCUGUCCGCUAUGUUAUGGGCAGAGACAGACGGCGGGCUGCUGCAUCCACCAGCAGCAGCAGCAGCAGCAGCAUCACAGCCACCAGUGCCGCCACCUUUGCUACCAGCACAGCGUCUGUCUCUGCCUCCAGCCAGGCUCGCAGGGCCUCUCAACUUGCAGCUUUUGUUUCUGGACGGCGUUCUCUGUCUGCGGUGGAAAUGCAGGCUAAAGUCCGGCAGCUGGUGGGCUCUAAACCUGCAUUUCCAGCCUCCCUCAGACCAGCUCUUCCCUCCAGAACACCUGAGGAACCGACAGACGAAGAGCUGGUCCAGGCUGUAGUUGACAUCGAGGGCUCCUCUGCCGUACAGGCUCCUCCUCUCCCGCUCCACACUGCUCCACCUCCUCCGCCUCCUGCAGCCGCCUCCUCCACCUCUGUCGCUGGUGUCUCUGCUGUGAUGGGCGAGCCCACAGAUGAGGAACUCCUGGAGGCCGUUCCUCAGAACCCCGCCCCUCAGCAGCCUCCAGAGAUCCUCAUCGAGGUUCGUACAGCAGAGGCACCAGAUUCAUCCCAACCCCAGUCAGCCACGCCACCACCGCCAGCUGCACCAAGGCAGCCCGCAGCGAGGGAGGAGCUGCCUGGCCCCGCCUUCCUCCAUCCCCCUCCACCUGCUGGCAGUGCUGAGCUGCUGCCAGAGUCCUGGAGGGCAGCUCUCACUGCAGAGCAGCAGGACUGGAUCGGCCGGGUGCUGUUCACCAGGGACAGCUCGGGGAGACCUCGGCUCAUCACCAGCGAGCUCACUCUCUGGUGGUACCCUCCCCAGCCCCGGCCGAUCUACAGUCAGCCUCCCGCGUCCCCCGACCCCUUCUUUGCAUGUCGGCUGUUCCUGUGGAUGCCCCACAGGAUCUGGCGCCUGCAGCUGACAUGCCCCCAGCCUUUGUGCAACGGGUCCAUGACAAAGGCCGGGCUGUACAGGACCAUCCGGAGGGUCCUGGACAUUGACGGCUGGUAUCUCAUGGCCACUGAGUACCUAGAGUGCCGUCAGUGUAAGAAGAAGGUCGGAGGGUGGUCACAGGGCAUCAUAAGGCAGCUGCCCCCCACCUACUGCUGCCAGUUUCCAGCUGUACUCACGUACAAGCUGUCCUGUGACCAGAGGGUGGUUGCGCAGCUGAGGUCUCGCACUCUCGGCAACAGUGCCAACCGGCUGUGCAACACCCUGCGGGAGCUGCACUUGGACUCCUGGAUGCGGAGAGCGAUCCAGUACCUCGGCAUCUGCGAGCAGUUCCUGGCCUUGAGGGGGCAGUUUCCACCACCACCUCAGAUGCCCCCCGUACCGUCCCCCGUCUGGCUGCUGACCGUCUACAGCUACGACGUGCUGACGCGGCUGGACGAGUACAAGGCCAGGAUCACGUCCACCUUCGGGUCCAUCUUGAAGAUGGACUCCACCAAGAAGGUGACGAAGAAGCUCGCAGGUGCCGCCUCAGACACGGCCGCCUGGGUGACCAACGUGGGAAACCAGUACGGGCAGGUCCUCAUCAGCGUCCUCACCUGCUCUGAGGGCUCCGGGGGCCUGUCCAGGAUGGCGGCCGGACUGAUGAGGCGGUACCGACUUGCCGGGGUACCUGCCCCCCAGCUCAUUUAUGUGGACCGUGACUGCUGCAACCGGAACGGCGUGUCGAAGACGGCUGCCUUGUUUCCGGAGUGGGGUCAGCUCGUAGUGAGGCUCGACAUCUGGCACCUGAUGCGGCGUUUCGCGUCAGGUGUCACCACGGAGAGCCACGAGCUGUACCCCAUCUUCAUGAGGCAGCUGUCUCACUGCGUCUUUGAGGUGGAUGCCGGAGAUGCACGCCGUCUCGCCGAGGCUAAGCGGUCCGAGCUGGAGGGCAAGCACGGGAUGGUCGGCCUGACGGACGCCGAGGUGAUCCAGCGGAUCUCCAGGGAGGAGUGGAGGCUCCACUGCAGACGGAGCCGAAUGGAGCCGAGGAGAUGGCGCUCCUCAUCCAGGACCUCCUCGACACCUUCGGCGGACCAGCAGGACGACAUCUGGAGCACGCAGAGGCGCCACCUCAGCUGCAUUAAGGACCCACCGGGGGUGCGGCUUUACACCGAAAUCGGCAGGCUGACCAAAGGCGGGGUCAGCCUGCCGAUCUACCGCUGCGCGAGGGGCUCCACAUCUCUGGAGUCCUUCCACCUCCACCUCAACCGGUUCAUCCCAGGGACGUCGGCCAGCGCGAAACAUUUCCAGGCGUUCCUGGUUGAUGGACUGGUGAGGUGA